AUGCACAAACGUCUGCGUCGUGCCGACAAUGCGGCACCUCAGCCGGUAAAGACACCAAAGCUGGUUAGCGGGGAGCAACCGCUCUCUUCCCCUGUCGAACUUGGCGACGGGACACCGCGCAGUCCCUAUCGUCUUCCGCUGCGGAAGACACCGAACACGUCCAGUUGUCUGCACUGCCCGACUCCGACAUGCCACUGCGUGUGGUUUGCCGAGCAGCUAGAGCGCUGCUACGCGUCUCUCUCGUUGAAGCGUGAGACGGAGCGCGUCAAGAAGCGUGAACUCUGCGCGAAGUCUGUCCUGCCCCCGUUCGUCACUCGACUCAUCCGCAUUGCCAACAUGGCUUCCGGGGAAACAUUUUAUGAUCUAGGCUGCGGAAACGGCAGCGUUCUUUUCCAGGUGGCCGCCUUGACAGGUGCGCGGUGUGUAGGGGUGGAGAUCAACCCCCACAACGCGGAGCUUGCUAGCACAGCGUGGGUGUUUUUGCAACCCAUCUUCGAGGCGCAAUUCAAGCGCAAACUCUCAGUGGAGAUUGUGUGCGCUGACUUUUGCACGCUUCUCCGAGAUGCUGCGUACUUUCCUGCACCGUGUGUCAUCUGGGCGGCGAACCUGCUGCUUCCCAGGCCGGUCAAUCACUACCUCUCGGAGCGGCUGCGCAGUGUGCCGCGUGGCACGCGCAUAAUGUGCUUCGAAGACAUGUACCCGCACUCCCGCUCCCUUGCCCGCCUACGUGACCCUGACGCGUUCGAGAAGUUCGACAUGCUGGACUAUGAGUGGCAACCGGACAGUGUUGAGUGGUGCUCCAACACCGGCCCGUUUUUCUUGUAUGUGAAGCGCACAUGA